CUGCAAGCCUCAAAAGAAAGUAUUUUGCGCCUUAGUCGGACUUGGAACUAAAAGUGAAUUUUCAUACCCGAGGCUAAAACUGGGCGUUUGCUUGUUACCGUUGUGCCCCGCGAGUAAGAUGACGUUCCAGAUGCGAAAGGCCGUCCCGGCCGACAUCCCGGCCCUGUGCGCCGUCUACUUCUCAGCGUUUUCAGACACGAUAGUCGGGCGACAAGUCUUUCCGCCCGGUUCCGAAGCCGCGCACGUCUUUUGGGUCACCAGCCUGACGAAAGAUCUCCCAGAUCCCAAUUUCGAGUUUCUCGUCAUGACCACCCGCUCCGAGGGCGAUGGCGAGGACCAAGUUGUCGGCUACGCGAAAUGGGUCCGGCCUGGCACUCCCAUCGAGAUGCCCCCGCCGGCCGACGCCUGGCCGCAGGACGGCAACCCGGCGCUGGCCGUCGAAUUCUUUGGGAAAUUGACGGCGACGCACAAGCACAUGAUGGACGACCGGCCGCACUGGUACCUGUCGCUGAUUGGGGUGCGCAAGGAGUGGAUGGGAAAGGGGGCCGCGAGCCCGUUGAUGCGAUGGGGCGUGGAACGAGCCGACGAGGACGGGCUGCCGUGUUUCUUGGAGGCGACACCCAACGCCAAGGGCAUGUACGAGAAGUAUGGGUUCCGCGUGGUGGGCCAGCAGGAGUUUGAGUCGCCGAGCGGGAGAGUGUUGGAUUUCUACAUGCUCCGUGAUGCAACGACGACCAUCCGCAAUGUGCAACCGAUGGCGGACAGUCGGGACAGCUGCGGCUCAGUUCACUUCACACCGAAAUACACCAAGGGGCCAUGUACGACCGCCGGGUGCGACUACCACGAAGUCAACGAGAAGCCGUGGAAGUGCUGCCAGUGCAAGAAGGGGCCGAACGAGGAGCCCACUUGCGAUAACGAUACGAAGCCGUUCAGGUGGGACUUCUAUGAUUGCGGACACAGGCGGUGCUCGGCUUGUGAGGUGUGGGAGGAUAAAAAGGACAAAAAGGGCAAGGGGAAAGUGACUGGCGGCGAAGAAUCUCAAGCUGACUACGUCGGGAAUUUCUAA